UUCACAAAGAUUGUGGGUUGCGAGUGGUUGUGAAAAGUGUUGACUUUACGAAUUUCGUAACUUUACAUCGCUACUCGCGUCAUAAGAAAACUAAGAUGGACACUGAAGAAUUCAGAAUACGAGGGAAGGAAAUGGUGGACUACAUCUGUGAUUACAUGGAUGGGCUAAGUUCACGAAGGGUUACACCAAAUGUAGAACCUGGCUAUCUCCGUUAUCUUCUCCCACCACAGGCCCCCCAGGAUCCAGAGGACUGGGAUACAAUUAUGGCUGACGUUGACACAAAGAUAAUGCCUGGGGUAACACACUGGCAACACCCCAGAUUUCAUGCUUACUUUCCAUCUGGCAACUCUUAUCCGUCAAUUCUUGGUGACAUGCUGUCAGAUGCUAUUGGCUGCAUCGGUUUCUCAUGGGCUGCCAGCCCAGUAUGUGCUGAACUGGAGACCAUUGUCUUGGAUUGGUUUGGCAAAGCUAUUGGGCUUCCUGAUGAAUUUAUAGCAUCUUCUCCAGGCAGUAAGGGCGGUGGAGUCAUACAAUCUUCUGCCAGUGAAUGUAUCCUAGUUUCAAUGUUGGCUGCUCGAGCCCAGGCCAUCAAAAACCUGAAGAAAGACUAUCCUGACAUGGAAGAUAGCGCAUUCUUGCCUAGACUUGUAGCAUACUGCUCACAAGAGGCUCAUUCCUGUGUUGAGAAGGCAGCCAUGAUCUGUCUUGUCAAACUUCGUAUUUUGGAGCCAGAUGAAAGAUGCAGUCUCCGUGGUGCUACACUUCGAGAGGCAAUGGAGGAUGAUGUGGCCAAAGGCCUGGUCCCAUUCUUUGUCUCAACAACACUUGGCUCCACAUCUUGCUGCUCCUUCGAUAACCUCACUGAGAUUGGACCAGUAUGUCAUCGUUUUCCAGCAGUAUGGUUGCACGUAGAUGGUGCAUAUGCUGGAAAUGCUUUCAUCUGUCCAGAGAACAAACCUCUGAUGGCAGGAAUACAAUAUGCAGACUCUUUCAACACAAAUCCCAACAAAUGGCUGCUGGUUAACUUUGACUGUUCAACAUAUUGGGUGCGAGACAGGAUCAGACUCACUUCAGCCUUGAUUGUCGAUCCUCUGUAUCUGCAACAUGCAAAUUCAGAUGAAGCCAUUGACUACAGGCACUGGGGUGUACCUCUAAGUCGCAGAUUCCGAGCCUUAAAACUGUGGUUUGUGAUAAGGAAAUAUGGUAUUGAGGGACUCCAAUCAUACAUCCGAAAUCACUGCCAGCUUGCAAAAUCUUUCGAAGUCCUUGUCAAGAAAGAUUCAAGAUUUGAAGUUGUCAAUGAAGUUAAGAUGGGUCUCGUGUGCUUCAGACUUCGAGGAACAGACAGGCUAAACCAGGAUCUUCUGGCCUCUAUUAAUGGUUCAGGAAAACUUCACAUGAUCCCAUCAUUGGUUAAAGGAAGGUACAUCAUCCGCUUCUGUGUUGUUGCUGAACAUGCAAAUGAAGCUGAUAUUGAUCACGCUUGGGAGGUGAUUCAGGAGCACACGAACGAUCUCCUUGAGUCCUACACAAUUGAGAAAGUUGCUCCUAUCCCUGCAAAACCUGCAACACCAGAGAUUACACCAAAACCUCCAAUGCAACGUAUUAUAUCCAGGAGGCUAAGCUUCACAAGAAGUGUCUCACGCGAUCUCUACAGACGUUCUCUGUCACGAUCCAGCUUACACGAUGGAGCGACGCCUAUUAUUGUACCUGAGGAUGAGGAUAACAUAAUUCCAGAAAAUGACAAUAUGGAUGAGGAUGUGUUCCACUCCCUCACAAUCAGAGAGGAGAAGGAAGUUGUAUGAGUGUAAACUGUUGAGUCAACAACAAACUGUUUAUAUUUCCAGUAUGAAACCAUUCAAAUCCCUAGCACUUAUAAUUUGCCAACAGUUACACAAUUAACUGCUUACAGUUAAUGGUUACAAACUGAUGUGCUCUUAUAAAUGAAGAUGUUGAUAGAAUAUUUAUAUUUGGAUUUGAGAUUCUCACGGCUAUGUCUACAUAGAGUACCAUCAUCUGGGAUAUAAUGCCAUGUAAUCCAGCAUCAGUCCACCACCAUUUCUGAGCAAUGUACUGCCUCUAUCUUCAUUGCUCUGCUUGUAGCCUGCAUCUAGGUUUCUUGCUUGGCUUUUUCUUCAACCCUGAAGAUGGAGGCAGUAUGUUCCUCCAAAACACUGAUGGACUUCUAUAAAUCUACCCGGCAUCAUAUCCCACAAGAUAGUAUUCUUUAAGUAAGAACCUGGUUUAAAGCAUCAUUCCCUUAUUUGUUGUGUUAUGUAGGUGGUUCAAAUUUGACCAGGAAUUUUCAAUGUUUCUCACCAUUUCACAUGCCCCUUCUUCACGCAAUCAUACUCGCAUUCAUGCACAUUGCAUGACGGCAUGAAUAGAAGUUAGCAGCAAUGUGAAACAGUGAGCUGUAAUGUGUAACGUUUGGUUAAAGACAGAACAAAACCAGUUGAUAUUCACUGAAGACUUAAGAAUACAAUUCAGGGAUUAUGCACUCUCAAGAGCACAAAUAUGAAAGAUGUACUACAUUCAAGGGCUGCCAUUCCACAGUGUGUAAUGUUCCCCAUGGUCACAAAAAUCAGUUAACUGCGUGAACAUUAAUGAAUGAAUGUAUGAGGGGUAGGCCUCCUCAGCCCUUGCACUGUGACCUACAGUGGCCUAUUGUGCUUAAACAUUAAUGAAGCUCAGAAGCUUAUUCGGGGGGAAAGGAAAAAAAAAGACAUUUCUGUGCAUCAAAUCAUAGAAGUGAACAUCUGUGGCAGUGCACUUCUACAAUCAUUCACAAGCACCUCUGAUGUUGAAAAGUGAGGCUAAGAUGGCGUCCAUGAAAUCCAGAACAAAUAUGAACCACCCUCAUAUAAAGACACUGAUUUCUCUAAGUUCCUGUUAUGAAACAAACUGUUAUAUUUUCAAAUGUUUAAACCUCUGUAAAUAAAGUAAGAAGUGUAGAAUGGUUGAAUGUUUCUAAUUGCAGGACUUUUGUCCAUUUUUAUAUUCUGCAUUUCAUGAAUGAAUGUUGUACUGUAACAGUACCUCAGUGUGUUACUUGCAAUUGUAUACUAUGUGUUUGUGCUUUAUGUUUAUUUAUAAACCGAGUGAAUGACAGAGUGAAUGAGAACACAUGUUUGUGUAUAUACACAACAAAGCGUGAAUAAGAAAGAAUAAUAAAAAUGUAAACCAUUGUCACAUUUUCAUAUAUCAGUAUUUAUAUCAUUGCCAAAGCUGAGAUGUUGCUUGUUAUUUGUACCAUGACUAAAUUAUUAAAUAUAUGCCUAUUAUAACGAGGUUUACACAAGUGUAAAA